AUGAAUCCACCAGCUGUUCUUCUCGCCGGAUGCACCUCCUCCAACGGCCUGAGCAAUGUCUAUCUGGUCUCCCUUCAAUACAGGAAUGCCAGCACUUCGAGCCCAAGCGACCCCGUGUUGGUAAACCCCGGCAUUGUAGAAAAAGUCUAUAAUGUAUCGCAGCCCCGCAAUGACACAAUUCUGGAAGUGCGGGCGGGGUACAUGGGUCUCUGUCUGACCCGGAGUGACGGUGCGCGAUUCUGUUCCAGCAGUGCUGCGGCGCUGGCCAGCAUGGUCAAGGCAGAGAGAAUACAGGGCAGCAAUGACACUGCCAAUCCACUGAAUCUGAUUUGGAUUGCGAAGAAUUUCAAAGACACGAUUGUUUUUGAUGGUUUGAUAUUUAUAGCUGUCGUCCUGACCUUCCUUUGCUUUAUUCUAUUAUCAACUUUUCCUGGAUGGCAUGAAGAAAUCGGGGAGGACGGGUCAGAGCGCGAAGUCAAGCCCUUCCUUUUCCGGGCUGCACUGGGGUUGGGUGCACUGGGGUUCAUAUUCGGAUUGGACUCAAUUCUCUGGCAGCAUGUCAAUAGCAGUGCUGCAGGAACCAUGUCUGAGAGACUCACGUAUGGGGCCAUCGAGAGCCAUGUUGGGAUGGCGGCGAUGGUUCUCGGAUGGGCUGCGGUGGUCUGCAUGGCGAUUGUUGCUCUGGCGUUGCUGGUUAUGGUCAUGAGUGUUAGCCUUAUUCGUCAGUUGAUGGAUGAAGAGUUGGGUUUUUUUUGA